UCCAAGGGCGGCGCCAUGUUCUACGCGGUGCGCAGGGGCCGGCGGACCGGCGUGUACCGCACCUGGGCGGAGUGCCAGCAGCAGGUCAACAGGUUCGCCGCCGCCAGCUUCAAGAAGUUCGCUACCGAGAGAGAAGCCUGGGCCUUCGUGAACGGCGGCACCCCUGGGAGGCAGCAGCAGCAGCAGCAGCCGCCCGGGCCGCAGGAUGCCCAUGGUCCUUCAGCUGUAACACAGGAAAUUAGCCAGAGAGAGGAAUCAAAAGAAGACCUCUUGUGUUGCAGUACGUGCAAAAGGGCCAUAUGAAACAGUCGGCAAAUGAAAGAACAUACUUCAAAACGUGCAAAACAUGAUGAAGUGCACUUGGCACCAACAGUCAGCGGAGAUAAAUUUUCAUAUAUGGGUGACUAUUGCAGUCGUUACACAGAUGGUUGCUGCUCGGUAACGGACGUACGGGCACGUGCCGGAAUAGGUGUCUACUGGGGACCAGGCCACCCUUGUAAGUAAUCGGUGGAACUUCCUGGACGGCAGACUAAUCAAAGAGCUUGAAAUACAUUAACCUGCAAAGCAAUUGAGCAAGCAAAGAGUCAGAACAUCAAGAAACUAAUUAUCUACACUGAUAGCAAGUUCACUAUUAAUGGUAUUACAAGCUGGGUUGACAACUGGAAAACAAAUGGCUGGAGAACAAGUUCAGGAGGAAGUGUAAUAAAUAAAGAAGAUUUUGAAAGACUUGAUAGUCUAUCAAAAGGCAUAGAAAUUCAGUGGAUGCAUAUUCCUGGUCAUGCUGGUUUCCAAGGAAAUGAAGAAGCUGACAGACUGGCAAGAGAAGGAGCUACUAAAUAAAUGUUGUGACAUAUUGGGACAAGAGACUACUGUACUUGCAGGAAAAGGACUAACAUUGCAGUGACGAUUUGAACUGCUGUUUUUGUUUCAGAGUUGAACUUUGAACUGUGCUUAUUUCUGGCCUGAAGCGCUAACUGUACACCAUCUUCUAGGGAGAAGAAGAAAAAACAGCACGUUUUUUUCUGCACUGUUUGCUUUACAAUCAAGUCAAUAUUUAGUUGAUGAUAUACAGUGUUUGCUUUUUUCUCCAUCGUAACCAAAGCGCUGCUGUCAGUGUUUUUUAGCAGUCUCAUAGACAUUUGGAUUCACCGGAAAGACAGACUUCUGGAGGAAUUACAUUAAAUCUUUAUCCUAUAUGUUCUGUAUUUCCCUCUUAUGAAAUAAAUUAAUUUUUUUUUGUACAGAGGUA